CGCCCGGUCGCCCGACGAGGAAAAGAGCAUGGCCCUGCACCCCCGCAGAGUGCGGCUGAAGCCCUGGCUGGUGGCCCAGGUGGACAGCGGCCUGUACCCGGGCCUCAUCUGGCUGCACCGGGACUCCAAGCGCUUCCAGAUCCCCUGGAAACACGCCACGCGCCACAGUCCGCAGCAGGAGGAGGAGAACACCAUCUUCAAGACGUCGGGAGCCACGUGGCCGUGGGCUCUGUCCACGCGUGGCUUCCCGGGCGACGAGCGGCUCCCCCUCGGGGGUCUGAUGACGCAGAGACAGGACCUGGCCGACGACGCGUCGCGGCCCCCCGCCCGUCCCCCGACGGGCUCCACGGGCUCCGUGCCUUGGGACGAGAAGGACAACGACGGGGACGAGGAGGACGAGGAGGACGAGCUGGACCAAUCGCAGCACCACGUGGCCAUCCAGGACAGCUUCCCCUUCCUGAACAUCAACGGUUCCCCCAUGGCGCCCGCCAGUGUGGGUAACUGCAGCCCGGAAGCCGUGUGGCCCAAGACGGAGCCCCUGGAGAUGGAAGUGCCCCAGGCCCCCAUCCAGCCCUUCUACAGCUCCCCAGAGCUCUGGAUCAGCUCGCUCCCGAUGACCGACCUGGAGAUCAAGUUUCAGUACCGGGGCAAGGAGCACGGCCACACCAUGACCGUGAGCAACCCCCAGGGCUGCCGGCUGUUCUACGGGGACCUGGGGCCCAUGCCGGACCAGGAGGAGCUGUUCGGGCCCGUCAGCCUGGAGCAGGUCAAGUUCCCCGGCCCGGAGCACAUCACCAACGAGAAGCAGAAGCUGUUCACCAGCAAGCUGCUGGACGUCAUGGACAGAGGGCUGAUCCUGGAGGUCAGCGGACACGCCAUCUACGCCAUCCGGCUGUGCCAGUGCAAGGUGUACUGGUCGGGGCCCUGCGCCCCCUCGCCCGCCGCCCCCAACCUGAUCGAGAGGCAGAAGAAAGUCAAACUCUUCUGUCUGGAGACGUUCCUUAGUGAGCUCAUCGCCCACCAGAAAGGACAGAUAGAGAAGCAGCCGCUGUUCGAGAUCUACCUGUGCUUCGGGGAGGAAUGGCCGGACGGGAAGCCCCUGGAGAGGAAGCUCAUCCUGGUCCAGCCUGCGGGGGCGGAGCGAGGGCGGGAGGGAGCCGCGGUUGCCGAGGAACCAGACGUGGUAUCUAAACAGAAGCAGGUGCCAACGCCCACCUGUCCGCUGCUGCCGGCGACCGGCUGGACCGGUGGGGACCGCACGCUGCACAUCUCCACAGGACGGCUCCAUGCAGCUGUGGGGCCUCCCGGGGCCCCGGUGGGGGGGCUGUUACCCAGCGUGGCCAUGAGACGCCUGGGGAAGGCUCAGGCGCCCAGCAGUGGGCAGAAGCCGGGCUCCCGAGGCCCAGCUGCCCGCUCCUGUCCGCUGCCUGCGCCCCUCUCCGUCCCCCUUGGGCCUGGCCGUCUGGCCGCCUGGUCACCUGGCCGCCUGGCCGCGCUGCCGGGAGGCCCGUUGUCUGCACUCUGCCUGCCCUCCAGUGUCGCCGUUGGGGCCCGUGACUUCAAUCCAGCCUCGGCUCAGGGCCUUAUACGAGCCAGCGUGGGGGUGUGCAACGCCUAA